AUGGACGACCCUCCCCGGCACAUGAUCUUGGCAGCACGCAUACUCUUGUCGGGUAGUCAAGGAAUUCCGGCCCAUGCCUUGGUCGAUUCCUGGGCUACCACGAACUUUAUGGACGUGGCAUUUGCUACCAAGUACGAUUUCCUUCUGUGUCUGGUGGACCCACCGAUGCGGGUCAAGACCAUUGACGGAUGGAAGACCGGGGAUCUGAGACUCUGUUGGGAUUACCGUCGCCUGAAUGCCAUCACAGUGCGCAACCGUUACCUGCUGCCCCUGAUUCCUGAGUUGUUGGAGCGGCUCCAGGAGGCGACGGUGUUCACGAAAUUGGACUUGCAUGGUGCUUAUAAUCUGGUCUGGGCAGGGGACGAGUGGAAGACGGCCUUCGGCACCCGGUACAGACAUUUCGAGUACACGAUCAUGCCGUUUGCUUUCACCAAUGCCUCAGCAGUCUUCCAGCACUUCAUGAACGAUAUCUUCCGGGACCUCUUGGAUCAGUUUGUCAUCAUUUACUUGGACGACAUCUUGAUCUACUCGACGUCUUGGAAGGAUCAUCAGCAACAUCUAUGCCUGGUCCUGCAACGACUCCGGGAGCAUCGUUUGUACGCAAAGCUGGAGAAGUGUCAG